CCUCCGAACUGAUCACCCGACAUAUUGAGGAGAAAUCCGGAAGGGGGCUGGAAAUUAUUUCCAUCAUGCAAAGAGGAGAAGAUUUGUCCGAUAUUCUUGUUUUCAACAUUGUCAAUGAAGCAUUGCAGUCUCCGGAAUGCAAAGAAAAAGGUUACAUACUAGAUGGAAUGCCAAAUUACAGCGAGAAGCUUCUAACCAUUCCCACUCAACUGGAGUUCCUAGCUCGAGUCUAUCCCGAACCGGCUUAUUGGGUCCUCAUCG